AUGGAUCCCAUCACCAGCGGUCUCACUGUUCUUCAGGUUGUUCAAACUAUAGCGCAAGCUUCAGCUCUUUUGUAUGGAUAUGUUGCUUCCGUCCGCAAUGCUCCAUCAUCCUGCCAAAGGCUCCUUGACCAGCGCAAUUCAAUUAGAGGAGUCCUCGCCACAGUUAUGGAGAUCGAGAAGGAUCACUGUGAAUCUCUUCCUGACAAUCUCCGCCGUGCACUUUCGCUUUUGAUGACCAAGGAUGGACCGGCGGCGAAAUUAGACGCAGAACUAACGAGCCUUCUGCUAAAUGACCUAGCGAGCGGGAAAAUGAGCAAGAUAACCAGAUGGACCUGGCCUUUCAAGGAAAAGGAAGCGGGAGUGAUUGCUGAUAGACUGAAACAAUAUUAUGGCGACAUUACAGCAAUUCUAGCCAUCGAUUCAUGGAAUACGAUCAAAGAAAUUAGUCAAGGAGUCCAGGAAUUAAGAGAUGAUUUUGCCGCACGAACGGUGGACGACAAAGACGAGGAACGUCAAAAGUUCCUUCAAUGGAUGAACCCUAUAUCUUGUACCGAAAAGCAUGAUAUCUCCCGUCGCCAGCGUAACGCCGCGACUGGUCGUUGGAUUUUCCAGGACGAUCUGUAUAAGAUGUGGAAUACAUCGGCUUCCGCAUUCCUAUGGUUGAAUGGUCAGCCUGGAAACGGAAAAACCAUCCUUGCAAGAACAAAGAUAGAUCUUGAUUACAAGGCUGCGGUGGUAGGAUAGAUGAGAUCGAAAACAAGGAACG